AUGACAGAAGCGGUCGCCCCUCCGCCGGAGGUGAACGGCCACCCCCCACAAGCCGACAUCACCCCCGCGCAACCACAACCCUGUCUCGGUAUUUCCGUACCUCGUCAGCGGCCAAACUAUCAGAUGAAAGUGCGCCUCUCGGGGCAUACGAUGAGCAUCAGCAGCGUCAAGUUCAGCCCGGAUGGGAAGGUCCUAGGAAGUGCUUCGGCGGACAACACGGUAAAGCUGUGGACUUUGGAGGGAGACCUGAUCGCUACCCUCACCGGGCAUGCAGAGGGGAUAUCAGACCUUGCUUGGUCUGGGGACUCGAAGUACAUUGCGACGGCGAGUGAUGAUACAACGGUGAAGAUAUGGAAUGUGGAAAAGAGGAAAGCGAUCAAGACGCUCAGAGGGCAUACAGACUACGUAUUCUGCGUGAACUACAACCCGCAAAGUAACCUCCUCGUAAGUGGGAGCUUUGACGAGAGUCUGCGGAUAUGGGACGUGGCACGAGGCAAAUGUAUGAAGACGCUGCAGGCACAUUCAGACCCCGUCACGGCAGCGCAUUUCAACAGAGAUGGGAGUAUGAUCGUCUCCUGCUCAUACGAUGGACUCAUUCGAAUAUGGGAUACCGCCUCCGGCCAAUGUCUCAAAACUCUCGUAGACGACGACAACCCAACAGUGUCAUCAGUCAAGUUUUCCCCAAACGGAAAAUACAUCCUCUCCUCCACGCUGGAUUCCACAAUCCGGCUAUGGGACUACCACUCUGCGCGCUGUCUGAAAACGUAUGUCGGCCAUCGGAAUCAGACGUUCUGCUUGUUCUCGUGCUUUUCGGUUACGGGAGGCAAGUGGAUCGUCAGUGGGAGUGAGGAUGGGAAGGCGUAUGUGUGGGAUUUACAGAGUAGGGAGAUCGUACAGGUUUUGGAGGGUCAUGAUGACGUGGUACUGGCGACAGCGACACAUCCGACGAGGAACAUGAUAGCGACAGGAUCGAUAGACAGCGAUCUGACAAUUAUCAUAUGGGAGGAUCUGACGAUGCCGUAG